CACGCGAGAGGCCGGCAUGGCGCUGAGCCGCUGCGGGAUGGCGGCCGUCCUGCCGCUCGUGCCCCGGCGGUUGACGGCCACGGCGGCGGCGGGCGCGCAGCCCCCCGGCAGCGUGGUGCGCGUCCCCUGGGCCCUGAGGCUGCGCUUGCAGCGGGGCGCGCAGCGCCGGCGGCGCGGGAAAGAGGCGGCGGCGGUGCCGCGGGGCACGAAGCUGCUGCUGAGGAGCCGGCGGCCAGAGCUGAGCCAGCCCCGCUGGCAGACGGUGGGGCGCUGGGAGCAGCCGCAGCUGGUGUCGGCGGGCUGGAAGCACAGGAAGGCCUACGGGGACUACUUCCAGCUGGAGCCCUCGCAGGAGGCGGCUCCCGCUCUGCAGGCGGCGUCGCCUGAGGCGGAGAAGCGCCCGUCCUUCGCCGAGAUGGGGCUGCAGCCGCCGCUGCUGGUCGGCUUGGAGGGCCUCUCCAUCGACCGCCCCACGGCCGUGCAGCGCCUCGCCAUCCCCGCGCUGCGCCGCGGCCGCAGCGCCCUCUGCGCCGCCGAGACCGGCAGCGGCAAGACGCUGGCCUACCUGCUGCCGCUGCUGGACAGGCUGCUGGCCCGCCCCGAGGAGCCGGCGGUGGAGGCGGCGGGGCCGGCGUCGCCCCGCGGGCUGGUGGUGCUGCCGUCGCGGGAGCUGGCGGCGCAGGUGGGGGCGGUGGCGGUGGCGCUGGGGCGCCCGGCGGGGCUGCAGGUGCGCGGGCUGACGGGCGGCGGCGCCGCGGGCGGGCUGCGGAGGCAGCUGCGGGCGCCGCCGCCCGGCCCCGCCGUGCUGCUGGGUACCCCCGGGGCGCUGCGGGAGGCGCUGCGGCGGCGCUUCCUGGCUCUGGAGCGGCUGCGCUGGAUAGUGCUGGACGAGGCGGACGCCCUUAUGGACGACGAGUCCUUCAUGAAGCCGCUGGAGGAGAUCCUGGCACACGCGCCUCUGGCUGCUGGCGCCCCGGGACCGGCUGGCCCCGGUGAGGCGAGGACCCAGGUGGUGGUGGUCGGAGCCACUUUCCCUGUGGGCCUGAGUCAGACACUGGGGAAGUUCACUGAUGUGGGCCACUUUGUCACCCUUGGCACCCAGAGCCUUCACCACCUGCCACCCCAUGUCCAGCAGAAGUUUAUGCGCCUCAAAGGCCAGGACAAGCUGCCCGAACUGCUGCAUCUACUCAAGGAGCACCCAGCAUCUGGUGGGGCUGUUCUCAUCUUCUGCAAGAACGCCAGCACUGUCAACUGGCUGGGCUAUAUCUUAGAUGACCACAAAAUCAAGCACCUGAGGUUGCAGGGACAGAUGUCAGCAGCUGCAAGAGCUAGCAUCUUUGUUUCUUUCCAGAAGGGUGACGUGUCUGUCCUUGUCUGCACUGAUCUUGCCUCGCGGGGGCUGGACACCAGCAGUGUGCAGCUAGUGGUCAACUAUGACUUCCCAGGCACCCUGCAGGACUACCUGCACCGGGCAGGGCGAGUUGGACGAGUUGGAAGCAAGGUACCUGGAGCUGUGGUUAGUUUUGUCACCCAUCGGUGGGAUGUGGACCUGGUACGGAAAAUAGAGACUGCAGCCCGGAAAAGGACAGGUCUCCCAGGCAUGGACUCCUCUAUCAACAGGCCUCCACCUAAAGGAGGUUGAGUCAAGUUGCCUUGUAGUAGCAGUAGUAAGUGGCCUAGUAGAGACUAAGCUUGAAGUCGUUAAGGUAAUGGGCAUCUGUGUGGGCUAGACUGAAAGAGCAGGGAUCGAGUUUUAGUACCGAGUGGUCCGGUUGACUUUGUGUACAGUUCUGAAAGCUGCAAUAGUCAUUUCCACAGGCAUCCCACAGCUUUCCAAAAGGACUGUAGUAAGUGAGUAACAAAUAACCUUUAGAGGAGACUGAAGAGUGAUAUAAUCUGUUGAUUUUGUUUAAUUUUGUUGAGACUUUUAAACUCAAAUCAGAGUGAAGGUUUGCCUGUAUGUUGUGCAGCUCUCAUGCCUUUCAUUAUUCCCACUGCCACCAGCUAAACAUAAACAUUCAUUAUUAAACCUAAAAAUGUACUUUUCCAACUUUGAUAUAACUUCAACCAGCUAUAGAAAGACUAAAGGACAAAUUAUAUUUGAUUUUCUUGUGAUAUAGCAAUUCGGAGAAUUCUAGACCAAAUACAAUACCUCUAAAGUUUGAUGGGAAUGAGAAGGCACAGUGAAGCUUGGGGGCUUUUUCAAGGUCUCAAUUUGUCAUUUUAUGGUUAGCUUUCACUGAGAAAGAGAACCUUCCUGCUUCAAGUUCUGUUACCUUUUUUAAAGUGCCAUUAGAUGUUUUCUGCACACUGUAGUGACAUGUCUGAGCAAAAUGUAAAAAUAAUAAAGACCCUAACCCACAAAAA